CUUCCAGCGCUGGAGACAACAGGCACGAGACGACACCUGUGUUUUAAUUACACACUCUCCUCUCUAGCUCUCUCCCGCACGAGGACGAAGCUUCUUCAGGGCAAAAGAUGGCGUCCAGAUACUGGAUUGUCUCUCUUCCAGUUCAAAACUCCGCAACUUCUAUCUGGAAUCGUUUGCAAGAGGAGAUUUCCAAGCACUCCUUUGACACACCUCUCUACAGAUUCAAUAUACCUAAUCUCCGUGUAGGGACCCUAGACUCUCUCCUCGCCCUCAGCGAUGAUCUAUUGAAGUCAAACAGCUUUGUUGAAGGAGUAUCUCACAAGAUCAGGCGGCAGAUUGAAGAAUUGGAGAAGGUUUCAGGUGUUGAGAGCAGUUCUCUUACAGUAGAUGGAGUGCCAGUUGAUUCGUAUCUUACCAGGUUCGUUUGGGAGGAAGCCAGAUACCCAACUAUGUCACCCUUGCGGGAGAUUAUUGAUGGCAUUCAAGGGCAAGUGGCAAAGAUUGAGGAUGAUCUCAAGGUUCGUGUUGCUGAGUAUAACAACAUUCGCAGUCAACUGAAUGCCAUAAAUCGAAAGCAAAGUGGAAGCUUAGCUGUUCGUGAUCUCUCUAACCUAGUAAAACCUGAAGAUAUUAUCAGCUCGGAGAACCUAGUAACUCUCCUUGCAGUUGUAUCCAAGUAUUCACAGAAGGAUUGGUUAUCAAGCUACGAAACCUUGACUAGCUAUGUGGUCCCUAGGUCCUCCAAGAAGUUGUAUGAGGAUAAUGAGUAUGCCCUUUACACCGUCACUCUCUUUCGGCGUGUUGCAGACAAUUUCAGAGCUAGUGCCCGUGAAAAAGGCUUCCAAAUCCGUGAUUUUGAGUAUAGUCCAGAAGCACAAGAGAGUAGGAAGCAGGAGUUAGAAAAAUUGGUUCAAGACCAAGAAAGCCUGAGAAACUCACUUUUGCAAUGGUGCUAUGCCAGUUAUGGGGAGGUUUUUAGUUCUUGGAUGCCUUCUUUUCCAUGUAAUAAAAAGAACUGCAGAAUUUGAUGGUCA